AUGGCAGACAACGAGCAGAAAGCUAUGCAACUUAUGCAGGAAGCUGAAAAGAAGUUGGGAUCUUCCAAAGGUUUCCUAUCGUCUUUGUUUGGAGGUUCUUCCAAAACUGAAGAAGCUGCAGAGUUAUUUGUCAGAGCUGCCAAUACAUUUAAAAUGGCCAAAAAUUGGGCUUCUGCUGGUCAGUGUUUUUGCAAGGCUGCUCAGCUUCAACUGACCUUACAGAGCAGGCAUGAAGCUGCUACCCAUUAUGUUGAUGCUGGAAAUGCUUUCAAGAAAGCUGAUCCAAACGAAUCCAUUAAUUGUUUGUUGAAAGCAGUUGAAAUCUACACAGACAUGGGGCGGUUUACCAUUGCAGCUAAGCAUCAUAUUACUGUUGCUGAGAUCUAUGAAAAUGAAUUAGCCGAUAUUGAGCAGGCAAUUUCUCAUUAUGAACGAGCUGCUGAUUACUACAAAGGUGAGGAGUCAAACAGUGCAGCCAACAAGUGUUUCCUCAAAGUUGCCCAGUAUUCAGCCCAAUUGGAACAAUACCAGAAAGCCAUUGACAUUUAUGAACAGGUGGCUUCCAACUGUAUGGAGAAUUCCCUCUUGAAGUACAGUGCAAAAGAUCACUUUUUCCGAGCAGCCCUUUGUCACAUGUGUAAUGACAUUGUCAAUGCCAAGUUAGUUAUUCCUAAAUAUGAGGAAAUGUUCCCAGCAUUUUCAGAUUCUAGAGAAUGCAACCUGCUAAAGGUGAGUUCCUUUCUCUCUUUUUCAUUUUCCUUUCUCUCUUUUUCAUUUUCCUUUCUCUCUUUUUCAUUCUCCUUUCUCUCUUUUUCAUUCUCCUUUCUCUCUUUUUCAUUCUCCUUUCUCUCUUUUUCAUUCUCCUUUUCUCUCUUUUCUCCUUUCUCUCUUUUUCAUUCUCCUUUCUCUCUUUUUCAUUCUCCUUUCUCUCUUUUUCAUUCUCCUUUCUCUCUUUUUCAUUCUCCUUUCUCUCUUUUUCAUUCUCCUUUCUCUCUUUUUCAUUCUCCUUUCUCUCUUUUUCAUUCUCCUUUCUCUCUUUUUCAUUCUCCUUUCUCUCUUUUUCAUUCUCCUUUCUCUCUUUUUCAUUCUCCUUUCCAUUCUCCUUUCUCUCUUUUCAUUCUCCUUCUCUUUUUCUUCUCCUUUCUCUCUUUUUUCAUUCUCCUUUCUCUCAUUCUUUUUCUCUCUUUUUCAUUCUCCUUUCUCUCUUUUUCAUUCUCCUUUCUCUCUUUUUCAUUCUCCUUUCUCUCUUUUUCAUUCUCCUUUCUCUCUUUUUCAUUCUCCUUUCUCUCUUUUUCAUUCUCCUUUCUCUACAAUUUUUAA